UUCCAUGGUGGCAGAAAUCCGUGUAAACGCGUGCCCCACCUAGUCGCGUUUCACCGAAGAAAAACCGUUAAAACGCCGCUUGCCGCUCCCCUAAUCAUCGCCGAAAAUAGUUUGGUUACCUCGGUGAGAGACCUCGACCGAUUUUCUGUUGGUUUGUGCGGCAUUCGCGUGGUCAGUCUCGAUCUUAACCACUUAUCGAGUGUUUUGGUGACGCGAUAGUUUUUCAAAUUCGUCAUGGCUUCCAAAACGAAGAAGUCGUCUACGCCGGCUUCGAAUCCCCCCAGGCCCGCUAGCCCGCUGAGUCCGACGCGUCAUUCCAGAUUGCAGGAAAAAGCGGACCUACAAAAUUUGAAUGAUCGGCUGGCUUGCUACAUCGAAAAAGUGCGGUAUUUGGAGGCCGAAAAUAACAGGUUAACCCGUGAAAUACAAACAUCGCAAGAAACAGUCACCAGAGAGGUGUCCAAUAUCAAGUCUAUGUACGAUCAUGAGCUUUCUGACGCCAGAAAGCUUCUCGACGAGACGCAUCGCGAAAAAGCGCGUUUAGAGAUCGACGUUAAACGUCUUUUGGAUGAAAAUGAUGAACUUAAACAGGACCUUGCGAAAAGGAGCAAGGAUUUGGUGCUGGCUGAAAACUCGGCGCGCAUAUACGAGACCAGAUGCAACGAGUUACAGCUGAAAUAUAACCAGGCCAACGCGGAUGCUAAGAAAGCGACCGCCGAUCUCAGAGAUCUGGAAAAAGAGCGCGACAAACUUAAGAAGUUACUUGAUGAACAUCGCAAGCAACUCGAGGAAGAAUCUCUCGCUCGGGUUGAAGUUGAGAACGCAAACCAGAGCCUAAGAGAAGAAUUAUCGUUUAAGGACCAGGUGUUCCAGCAGCAGCUCACCGAGACCCGUACCAAACGUCAGGUGGAGAUCAGCGAGAUCGAUGGCCGCCUCGCCGAGAAAUACGAGGCGAAGCUCCAGGAGGCACUGCAAGAUCUCCGUGAUCAGUACGAGACCCAGAUGGCGAACAAUCGCGCCGAAAUUGAGCUCCUCUACGAAAACAAAAUCAAAAAUCUGCAGUCGGCCGCAAACAGGCACAACAACGCGGCCGCGGCCGCCAUCGACGAGGCCCGCUCGGUUCGCACGAGGAUCGACACUCUGACGUCACGGGUAACGCAGCUGGAGAACGAGAACGCGGGACUCGUCGCCAGAGCACGCGAUCUCGAGAAGCUGCUCGAGAACGAGCGCCUACGUCACGCGGAAGAUCUCGCGGCGCUCGAGGCGGACCUGGCGCGCCUGCGUGACGAGAUGUCGCACCAGCUCCAAGAGUACCAGGAUCUCAUGGACAUCAAGGUGUCGCUCGAUCUCGAGAUCGCCGCCUACCGCAAGUUGCUCGAGUCGGAGGAGGCGCGGCUGAACAUCACGCCCGGUGGUGAACGCGAGGUGUCGCACAGCAGCAGCACGCGCAGCUCGUCGCAGCGGCGCACUCCCGUCCGCUUGGGUGCGAAACGCAAGCGCACACUGCUCGACGAGAGCCAAGAGUCGAGCGUGGCCGAUUAUAGCGUGACCAGUUCGUCGAAGGGCGACAUCGAGGUGUCGGAGGCCGAUCCGGAGGGCAAAUUCGUCAAACUGCACAACAAAAGCGGGCAGGAAAUUUCACUCGGCGGGUGGCACAUCAUCAGGCAGGCUGGCGACAACGAGACCAAGUACAAGUUUAUCAGGUCCACGAAGAUCGAGGGCAAGGGCACCGUGACCGUGUGGAGUUCCGACUUGAACAGGGAACACGAACCGCCUCACAAUCUCGUCAUGAAGGGCCAGAAGUGGGUGGUCGGCGACAACAUGACCACCACCGUGUUCAAUUCGGACGGAGAGGAGGUCGCUGUGUCCGAGAGGGUGAAGAGGCAGCUCUCCAGUUCGCAUCUGAGGCACCGAGAGAUGGCGGGCGGGUACCUAGGCCACGAGGAGUUGCAUCAUCAGCAGGGCGACCCCCAAGGCGACGAAAAAUGUCGGCUGAUGUGAUGCGACCCCGGGAGGUAAAGGGUGGGGGCAUAAUUUCCGGUAGUUCGCCUCUCUGGCGAAUUCGACCUUAUCUUUUUUUUUUAAAUUUGGGCGGGGGGGCUCGAGAAGGGUGCGUUUGGCGAGAAGCAUUUAUAAGCGUUCGCGCGGUGUGCGGAAGUACGGGGGGGGGGGAUCUUUUUUCUACUUCCUACUGUGCGAUAGUUGUAAGGAAUUUAGGUUUAGUUCUUUGCAAACGCAAAAAAGGACGCAAAGUUUAUUAACGCAACUUUUUUUUAUAUAUAUUUUUAUUUUAUAUAGAUGUGUAUACGGUUUCGGGUCGGGUACGUUUGAACUACUCGCCCGGGGUUAAACGUCGGUUUAUGCACGCAAUUAAAAACAGGAAUCAAAAUCGAAUGCGCGUUUUUGUUUUCGGAAAAAAAUUUUUUUUUUCCGAAAACAAAAAAGUUUAGAGAUUGUCAUUUUAAUUUUCGAUUUUUAUUUUUAUUCUCGUUUUCAUUUCCAUUUGCGUGUAUAAACAAACGUUUUAAUGGGGGUUCAAAAUCUGUGUAUCGGGGUGCGGACGACCGCGUCACGAAAAUCCGUUGUUCGAGUUUUCCAGUUUAGGUUGGUAAAUUUAAGUUACUUUUUCCUCAGUGAACUACUUUUUCAUUGUGUUCAAUAAAGUCGGAAACCGAAAAAUAGUUUA